AACACGUGGAGUGUCCAGAUAGUAAAGUGCAAUGAAUCCGGCAAUCGACGAGAUGACCGACUAGUUUCCGUAGUGGUCUUAUCGUCUGGUAGCAGUGGGGUGCAAACAUGGCCCUGACAACUGCAUGACGCAUAUAGAUGGAUUGGAUUGGGGAGAAUUUCCCUUGCUUGGGAUACAAUGUCAUUAGGAGCGAAGCGUACGAUGCUCACAAUGAUCACCGUAGGACUUGGGUAGUUCCAGAGCUAAUCGAAUCGGAUGAACUCUCCCACGAUGCUGAAGAGUACGCAAUUCAUCUGGCUACUUUAAAUAUUCCAGAUCAAAUAUUAUACGAGACAGCUAAAGAUAGAAACAUUCGAGUGGAUCACUUGGACUAUCCCUUAUCGGAGCCGGAAAAUGAUUUCUAUACGGAGAAUAUUUGCGAAUUUAUAAGAAAUGAGUGUGUUUAUUACUGGGCUAGUGAAGGGGCGGCAUCCUAUGGCAUAGCAAAGGAGCGAAGGACGAAAGUCGAACAAUCAUUGGCUGACAAAUUCUCGGCCAUCACGUGGAAAUCAACGACAGAAAUGGGUGUUGGAUGGGCGCCAAAAGAUCGAUCGAAAAAGGGCGGACGAAAGAUAUUGGUAGUGAGGUACAGUCCAGCAGGAAACCAGCCCGGAGAGUACGCAGAAAAUAUAGGAGAUACCGAGUUCUUAGAAUACUUCAAAAUGCCAACAAGAGAGGAUCCCGAUAGAUGGCGCAAUGGUUCGGCUAGAUUAAGUUAUGGUGUAGUAGAUGUGCAAAUUUGUAUUUCCUUACUCGUCCUAACCAUUACCUUUAUAAGGAAAGCAUAAGGAUCCUAUCAAGGUUUGCAAUCCAUAUAAAAAUCAUAAUUGAGU